CGAGCGCGAGGGCCCGCGCGUCGCCGGGGGCACCGAGCGAGGGUGACGACCCGGUCGUCGGCCGGAGACCCUGCCCCCCGAGGCCCGGUCGGACGGCCGCGCCCCCAGGAGCCCUCGCAGCCCCGGCGGGGUCUGUGCCCGGGCCUUCGGGGCGGGGGCCGGCGGGCCCCCAGUCUGCUUCCCGAGGCGUCCGUCGGUCCGUCGGUCCGUGCGUCCGGCGAGCUCGGCCUGCCCGGCUGGGCAGGGCGACCGGGCCCGGGCCUCCGUCCCCGGACUCGGGAGCCGCCGCCGCAGUUUAUUGUCAAGUUGGUUUCCGUGUCACACCCAGUGCUCAUCCCCACAAGUGCCCCCCUCCAGCCAUUGGGGUUUGAAGUGCUGGCGCCGGUUGCGCGGUCAGGACGCUUUGCAGCGCACGGCGUUGGGCCUGGUAGGCUGUACAUAUGCCAACAGCCGGGACAGAGUCAAAGAUGAAGAAGAACGAGCCUUGAAGAGGAAAGAAAAAUGGAGGAGGGGGAAGAGACAAGAUCGAGAAGGCAAGAGCGGGCGUGUGGAAGCUGCGUGAUUGAUGCAGUGCUGGGGUCGCUGCGCUCUGAGUUCCUGAAGAGCCCUUUUUGGGUCGUGGGAGCCAUUGCUCAUUCUUUGCCACUAGAGAGAUUUCCACUCCGUAGGUGACAAGGAAACCAAGCAUGGUUUAUUGACAGUCAUUUAACGUGCAAAAGAGCACUCAGUGAGCCAGCACCGUAGGGGACACGGCAGAGACGACCAGAUGCAGUCUUGAGGAGCUCAACUCGCUGCAAGACUGUGAUCUUGGCAAUUAAGACACCUGAGUCUGUGUCCGUAGAUUUCCAGCCCCGUUGGCGGUGGGCGGUGGGUGGCCGUAGGAGGAACCUGAAUGUCGGAGGCCAGCUGCUGAAGCUCCCCCUCGGACACGAUGGAAGAAGAGCUAGACGGUCCAAACUCUGCGUCUGAGAAGCGCUAUUUCCCAGAAUCGCUCGAUUCCAGCGAUGGGGACGAGGAGGGCAUUUUGGCCUGCGAGGACUUGGAGCUGAACCCUUUUGAUGGAUUGCCUUACUCAUCACGUUAUUAUAAACUUCUAAAAGAAAGAGAAGAUCUUCCGAUAUGGAAAGAAAAAUACUCCUUUAUGGAGAAUCUGCUUCAGAAUCAAAUUGUGAUCGUUUCAGGAGACGCUAAAUGUGGCAAGAGCUCUCAGGUUCCUCAGUGGUGUGCCGAGUACUGCCUGUCCGUCCGCUACCAGCACGGGGGCGUGGUGUGCACGCAGGUCCACGCGCAGAGUGCCGUGCAGCUCGCCCUCCGGGUGGCAGACGAGAUGGAUGUUAACAUUGGGCACGAAGUCGGCUACGUGAUCCCCUUUGAAAACUGCUGCGCCAGUGAAACCAUCCUGAGGUACUGCACUGACUCCAUGUUGCAGAGAGAGAUGAUGUCCAGCCCGUUUUUGGGUAGCUAUGGGGUCAUCAUCUUGGACGACGUGCACGAAAGAAGCAUUGCCACGGACGUGUUACUUGGACUUCUUAAGGACGUUUUGAUGGCAAGACCGGAACUGAAGCUUAUAAUCAACUCGUCGCCCCACCUGAUCGGCAAGCUCACUUCCUACUACGGAAACGUGCCUCUCAUAGAAGUGAGGAAGCAGCAGCCUGUGGAGGUGGUGUACCUGAGCGGGGCUCACAGGGAGUCUUUCGAGUCCAUUUUACGCCUUAUCUUUGAAAUUCACCAGUCGGGUGAGAAGGGCGACAUUGUGGUCUUCCUGGCCUGUGAACAAGAUAUUGAAAAAGCCUAUGAAAUUGUCUGUCAAGAAGGAUCUAACUUAAACCCAGAUCUUGGGGAGCUGGUGGUGGUUCCUCUGUAUCCAGAAGAGAAAUGUGCAUUGUUCAAGCCAAAUGAGGAAGCAGAAAAAAGAUGCCAAGUGUAUCAGAGGAGAGUGGUGCUAACCGCUAGCUCCGGGGAGUCUUUGAUCUGGAGCAACACCGUCAAAUUUGUAAUUGACGUGGGCAUGGAGAGGAGGAAGGUGUACAACCCUAGGAUCCGGGCGAACUCCCUCGUCACGCAGCCCAUCAGCCAAAGCCAGGCAGAGAUUCGCAAGCAGAUUCUCGGUUCAUCCUCUUCAGGAAAACUUUUCUGUCUGUACUCGGAGGAAUUAGCCUCCAAAGACAUGCGGCCGCUUAAGCCGGCCGAGAUGCAGGAGGCCAACCUGACGGGCAUGGUGCUUUUCAUGAAGAGGAUAGACAUCGCGGGCUUAGGCCACUGCGACUUCAUGAACAGACCAGCACCGGAGAGUCUGAUGCAGGCGCUGGAAGACUUGGAUUAUCUGGCGGCCCUGGACAAUGACGGGAACCUCUCUGAGUUUGGGAUCAUCAUGUCGGAGUUUCCUCUUGACCCCCAGCUCUCAAAGUCUAUCUUAGCGUCCUGUGAAUUUGACUGCGUGGAGGAGAUGCUGACGAUCGCUGCCAUGGUGACAGCUCCCAGUUGCUUCUCCAGUCCGCCACGUGGAGCCGAGGAGGCUGCCUUGACUUGCUGGAAGACCUUCUUACAUCCUGAAGGAGAUCACUUUACCCUCAUCAACGUUUACAAGGCGUACCAGGACACGGCUCUGAACUCCACCAGUGAACACGGUGUUGAGAAGUGGUGUCACGAUUACUUCCUCAACUGCUGCGCACUCAGGGCGGCGGAUGUUAUCCGAGCUGAACUCUUAGAAAUCGUCAAGCGAAUCGAGCUUCCCUGUGCAGAACCUGCCUUCGGCUCGAAGGAGAACGCCCUGAACAUAAAGAAAGCUCUUCUGUCCGGCUACUUCAUGCAGACGGCUCGGGAUGUGGACGGCUCGGGGAACUACCUGAUGCUGACACACAAGCAGGUCGCCCAGCUGCACCCGCUGUCCGCCUACUCCCUCUCCAAGAGGACGCCCGAGUGGGUUCUCUUCCACAAGUUCAGCAUCGCUGAGAACAACUACAUCAGGAUUACCUCAGAAAUCUCUCCUGAACUAUUUAUGCAACUGGCACCGCAAUACUACUUCAGUAACCUGCCUCCUAGCGAGAGUAAGGACAUUCUGCAUCAAGUGAUGGACCACCUAUCACCCGUGUCAGCCAUGAAAAAGGAACAGAACGUGUGUGAGAAGUGCCCGGAAACCGCGGAGCAGAGAUGUGCCGUGCAGUGACUCGUGGGGACCUUCUGCUGAAAGCAUGCUGUGCAGGAAGCACCCGGCUCGGCCUCGCAGCGGGUCCACUGGAGUGAGACACAGACCUUCAACUUGAAUACGGACAUCAUACCCCCACACGACAGUCUUGAAAAGAGUUACACUUUGUGCAUUAUUUAAAAAUAAAAAAUGGAAGUUUUUAUUGAGUUCCUUAAA